CUUACACCCCCCUCCCACACGACAUCAGAAGAGUUCGAGAUCGACGUACGUCUACGUACCACUGAAUGGAAAGGUUCAAAAUCGAAAGAUCAAAAUAGAUCGUAAAUUUUGUGGACAGCAACUUCAAACUUGUUCUGUUGUGAUAAUUAAAUCAACUCUAGACCUAGUCGUAGUGAAUAAUUCUUUUCGGUUUUGCAAUACUGACUUCACCGUGAUGUCUAAAUGGAUAGAUUGGACCCUUGUUUUGUUUUGUUUCGUUCUACUUUCUAAUUACAUUGCCCAGACGGAUGCACUGCUAAAACGAUGCUAUCAAUGCCGAUCGCGGGGCGAGCUCGGAAGUUGUAAGGAUGCGUUCACUUUCAAUGCGACGCAGGUCGAAACCGAGCACGGAGUGACGGCCGUGCCGUGCGCUUCCGGCUGGUGCGGAAAGGUAAUCGAAGGACAGGGCUCUUUCCGAGAGGAUGACUACGAUAUGGCCACCCAGCGGAUGUGUGUCCAACGGGGUCCGUCGGAUUCGGAGGACCGCUGCGCCUACACGGUGUACAAUUACAAAAAAGUUUACAUGUGCUUCUGCCAAGGAGAUCUUUGUAAUGGUGCUACUACCAUCGGAGGACGGAAUGUUGGUUUGAGCAUACUGACGCUGAUAACUGCCCUUAUCUCAUGGUUUGGAUAUUGCUGAUUCAACCGUAUUAUGCGAAUUGAAUGAAUGGACCGGUAUGGAACAACGUUUUGGACAACAUGUUAAUUCAUUAGGUUAUAUUUAUUUGAUGUUGUAAUCGUUUGGUUGAAAACUAGUAGCAGUACCUGCUGCUGCUCUGAACGUCAAGGUGAAUGUGUAAGUAGCAAAUUGAAUGCAAAUAUGAAAUUUAUGUUUUUGAGACAA